AUGUAUGAACCUCUCACUGAUGCCGAUCUUGGGUAUUUAAGUGACUCGAGAAUUCCUCUCUCACGACCACAUACUUCUCACCACAUCCCCGUGGAUCCCGUCCCCCCUCGUAACGUGCAUGCUCGAUCUCAAACCAUGGAUGGUCCUUUGUGUGAUAUCUCCCGACAUGCGCGGAAUGGCAGUGACGCACCACAGCUUUCGCCCGUGCCUCCGUAUCUCGACUUCGACGAGCAUGCCCUGCCGACCCCAAAGCAGUUGACGGACGCGGCAUCUUGCGUCGUGAUCGCAGAAAAUGGGAUAAGAGUUCAUUUUGGCGACCUAUUUAAAGAGAAAAAAACUAUUGUCAUAUUUAUCAGACGUUUCUGGUGUUCAUUAUGCCAAGACUACAUGUUUUCAUUAUCCAGUACGGUCGACCCGAAGCUGCUAAAACAGGCAGAUGUGAAUUUGGUUGUUAUCGGUAAUGGUUCGUUUAGUAUGAUUAAGUCGUACAGACAAAUAUUCCGCACGCCUUUCGCUAUCUAUACCGAUCCCUCGAUGCGUCUUCACAGUGCACUUGGCAUGAUGAGCCUUCGAAAAGCAGGACCCAAAUCACCAACAAAGCGCGGUAGCUAUGUUCGCCACGGAAAGGUAAAUGGCCUCGCAAUGGUUGUUGCCAAUGCUCUUCGUACUGGUAUGCCAAUCUGGGAGAAAGGAGGCGACCCAUCUCAGCUGGGCGGCGAGUUUGUUUUUGGGCCUGGGUUGACUGUGACUUUUGCGCACCGAAUGCCUAACGCUGGCUGUCAUGCCCCAAUUCUGCGCGUGCUGGCUGCCGCUGGAGUGAGUGUGAGUUGCGAAGCACAUUCGCCUGCCCCGGAACCCUCUGGACGGCCAAGUGCUCGCGAGGAGAGCGGAGACCAGUGGAUGGAAGAACGUCGUUUGAGUCUUGCAAGGAUCAGGGAACGAAAAAUUGCGCGUCGCAUGGGCAUUGAUUUCCCGAUCCGUACUGAGGGAAAUCCUGUCUCGCCAACAGCCCUGCAACCAUCCCCUUCUUCCCGGCCAUCCAGUACCAACGGCAAUCAAACUGAAGACAGUAUAGAUGGAGGGAAUGGGUUGCGAACGGAGACCAUGGAUUGUCAUGGUGACGAUGGCGACGAUGCCGUCGUGAUAGUGUCUGCUGGCGAUUCGGAUACCGAAAUUGUCUCGGGGGGGUCACAAACGCUGGCGGAAUCUGAUUACGAUUCCGACCACACAAGAAAUGAAGAGGUUGAGCCUCACGACUUGUCGGGAAACAAGGCAGCAUUGUUCGGUCUCGAAGAUCUUGGUAUACCUCCGGGUUUGACUGUGUCAUCAUGA